CCCCCCAACCCAUCACACAUGUCCGACGCAGCAGCACCACUCACCGACGCGCAGAAGCGCGCCGCGGCGCGCAAGGCCAAGAUCCUCGCGCGUGGCAAUGCCGGGCUGGCAAGGCUGGCACAGACCGCGCGCGGGGAGGACGCGGAUAAGCUGUACGGCGAGGGGUCGACGCCGGUGUCGCCCGCUUCGGCAUCGGCGACAGCCACUUCCCCCACGUCUCCUUCGGCAGCGUCGCCCACGUCGCCCUCGGCGUCCGCCACCUCCCCCUCUGCGCCCUCUGCCCGCCCCGGCCAGAAACCCUCCUGGGCACCCACCGUCGAAGACGAGCCGGUCCGCUUCCGCCCCCCGCGCCGCAACCCCAACGCCCCCGCUGGCGCAGGCGGCCCGCAAGACGAGGCGAUGCGCCAGCAGAUCGAAAACAUGAUGGCCAUGCUCGGUGCCAACGGGCCCGCGGGUCCCGCAGGCGCGGCGUUCGGCGGGCUCGGGCCUGAUCAGGCCGGCGCGGCCCCGCCCGACAUGGCGAACUUUAUGGCCGCGCUCAUGGGAGGCGGCGGCUUCCCCGGCGGCCCUGGCGGGCCUGGAGGUCUUGGAGCCGACGGCCCCGGGCUCAUCGGCGACGGAAGCGACACACCCACCAACCCGUUCGCUUCCGCCGCUGGGGGCGACCCGUUCGGCGGGCAGAACCCGUUCGCUGCGCUGGGCGGCGCCAACCCCUUCGCCGGCUUGCCGGGCAUGGCUGGCCCCCCCGCGCCGCCGACGCGCGCACAGCGCCUCUUCCCAACCGUGCACUUUGUCGCUGUGCUCGCGCUGGUCGUCUUCAUCGCGGGCUGGUGGGAGCCGUCGCUCGCGUCGGUGCGGCACGGCGCCGUGGCCACGCUCGGCGGCUGGGCGCACCGCUGGGCUGGGCUUGCUGGCCGUGUGGCCUUCGGCGCCAAGCUCGUCGAGAGUAUUCCCGUGUUCUACGCCUUCGUGACCCUCCAGCUCAUCCUGCUCGCGACCCGCGUCACGAUCAUCCAGACCCCGCCCGCGCUCCACCCCCUCCUCGCCAACGUCCUCCCCAUGCUGCCGCGCCCGCUGGCCACGGCCAUCUCGACUGGGAGCAAGUACCUCGGCGUCGUGUCCCAGAGCUACAAGGACGCGUGCCUGCUCGUGUUUGGCCUCGGCGCGGCCAUCGUGCUGGCCGAAUACCUCGACUGGAGGGGUGUGGUGUAGGUUCCUUCCGCUAGAUUUGUACGCAUG